UAGUGAAAGUUUUAAGUAGGUUAAGAAAAUCUACUACAACGACGCAACAAUAGUCCAGGGACUUUCAGAAGCAAAAGCCUUUUCAGAUUAGUUUUCAGCAACAGGAGCUUCAAGAAAGGGUUAGAAAAAAUGUGGAAUGCUGGAUGCUGUGAUGAAAAGCAAGCUCAUCUUGUCUUGGUAUGUUAGAUGUGAAGGGGCAGGGCUAGGGUGAUGGCUCAUUAUGUGCUUUGCUGGGGAGGUGGGGCCUUGGAGGAUAAUUACAUGUAUGCCCCCCACCCUGCCAUAUACCGAGAGAGGCCAUCACGGCCUGUGUCCGAGUCUGAUCCAGAUGUGGCUGAACAAUUGGCUCUGGACAGUACUGAAACUCUAGCCAAUGGCAAUAAAGCUGACCUCAAGGCUGCUAAACGGCUGGCCAAACGCUUGUACAAUCUCGAUGGAUUUAAGAAGUCAGAUGUGGCACGACACCUGAGCAAGAACAAUGAUUUCAGUCGCAUGGUUGCAGAGGAGUAUCUGAGUUAUUUCAACCUUUCAGGGAUGAGAGUGGAUCAAGCACUGAGAGUGUUUUUAAGAGAGUUCGCCCUAAUGGGCGAGACACAGGAGAGGGAGCGAGUACUGUCCCAUUUCUCUAGAAGAUACCUCCAGUGCAACCCAAACACAAUACCAAAUGAAGACAGUGUUCACACAUUGACUUGUGCUGUGAUGCUGCUCAACACUGAUCUGCAUGGUCAUAAUAUUGGAAAGAGGAUGUCCUGCACACAGUUCAUUAAUAACCUGGAGGGGUUGAAUGAUGGACAAGACUUCCAAAAACAUCUUCUCAAGGCUCUUUACAACUCUAUCAAAAAUGAAAAACUUCAGUGGACAAUCGAUGAGGAGGAACUGCGGAAAUCUUUCUCUGAGCUAGAUGGCAGGAAAGACUCUGCAUCGCACACCAUGAAGCGUUUCAGCAGUGGAGGAAACCCCCUCGUCAGUGUCGCUCAACAGUCCAGUGCUCAGGUCUACAAUAACGGCUUUCUCGUGCGCAAAGUUCAUGCUGAUCCUGAUGGCAAGAAAACUCCACGAGGUAAAAGAGGGUGGAAGACAUUCUAUGUCAUCCUAAAAGGACUGAUUCUCUACCUGCAAAAGGAUGAAUAUCGUCCAGAUAAGCAGCUGUCUGAUGAGGACUUGAAGAACGCAGUAUCAAUCCAUCAUUCUUUAGCUAUGCGGGCAGCAGACUACAGCAAGCGGCCCAACGUGUUUUACCUUCGUACUGCAGACUGGAGAGUCUUUCUCUUUCAGGCCCCCAAUGCAGAGCAAAUGCAGUCCUGGAUCACCCGCAUCAACACUGUGGCCGCUAUGUUCUCUGCCCCUCCCUUCCCAGCAGCCAUUGGCUCCCAAAAGAAGUUUAGCCGUCCUCUUCUGUCAGGCUCAAGCACCAAGCUCUCACAGGAGGACCAGCUUAAGUCUCAUGAGACACGGUUUCGAGCCAUUUCUGCCGAGCUCCAGGACCUGCGCUCUUCUACUCAAGACCGCAGGACCAAAAGCAAGGACCAGGAAGAGUACAAGCAAAGGGAAGAGUAUCUGGACUUUGAGAAAACACGCUACGGAACAUAUGCAAUGCUUCUGAGGGCUAAAAUCCGAACAGGGGAAACAGACCUGGCGGCAUUUGAGUCCCAUUUGUUUGACGAUGGCGGCCUACAGAGGGAUCAUUCCAGCCCCACGCUACCGGAGGACAACAGCCAUGCCAGCAGCACCAAAGAGUCGAGCAGGAGCAGCAGCAGCGCCGCCCGCAGCAGCAGCAGCAAGAGAAGCAAGCGCUCAGACGCUCAGAGACAUAGCUACAGACAUGCUGUCAAACAGUGAGAUGUCAUGGAUGCAAGGGGACAGUGUGUCCCAUCAGAUGGUAGCAUGUUCCAGAGUUGGGAACCCUUCACAGAAAAGGCCCUUUGCCCCUGAAUUGUUCUGCUAUAGUCAACUCUACAGAUACCAUUCGCUGUGCUCCUUGUUGUGCUACCAUCCUGUCUAUUUAGCAAUUUACAUAAUACAUGUGGGGCUUUAUUGUGGAAACAUUUAUACACCAAUUUUAUGUAGGACAAAUUUAUAACAUUUUUAAAACUAAUAAAAAUGUUUGUUUUUUUUCCUCUAAUAUUGCAAUGAUGCACAUGAUUUGGUAUAUUGUCCAUGAUUUUAAAAAGCCUGAUUGUAAAAAGACAUUAUACAAUUUACUGUGGAUUCACUUGUUUGAGUCCAAACUGUAAUGCAGUAUGAAAUAUGAGACAAAAUAAUUGCAUGCAUAAAGAGCUGAGCCGCCUGCUUUAAAAUACACUGUCGAUUGAUAUAUUUGAAACAAUGUAAGUUAAUCUUUAUCUUUUUUGAAAGCUUCUUUACGUGUCUAUCAAAUGUGAGUUGAGAAUCUAAAAUAAUACCUAAGAAAUUCAACUCAUUUACCUAUUCUAUUUCUUUAUUUUGUAUCUUUUUUGUUUUGUUUUUUGUAAUUAAAAUUUUUUAUUGAUUCAAAGAAAAAACACAACAGAGAAAAACAACACAUACACACUGAAUCAACAUUUAACUUUUAACCCUCACUAAUAUCCCUCCCCAAACACCAACCCCACCCUAACCCCAACGAACACCCCCGUGGUCACAUAAAAUAAUACACACACAAACAAACAAACCAAAAAUAUAUAUAUAUAAUAAAUAAAUAAAAUAUAUAAUAAACAUACAUAAUUAAACUAAACUUCUCUCUCCUCAUCCCUUCCCUGAGAGUCCCCCAAACCCCUGCCUUCUACCUGCCAUCUCCUCAAAAGCUGCCACCCUCCCCAUCUCCGCACACCACACUGGAAAUGGUGGUGCUCCGUCCGACUUCCAACCCUUUAAAAUAAUUUGUCUGCCAAUCAUAAUGCUAGUCAGAACCCAAUUUUUUACAUAUUUGUCCCCCAAAUUUAUGACUGCCCCAUCGCCCAAAAUACAAAGUCUGGGGCAAAGUAAAAUCUGAGUACCCAAAACGUCACACAAAUAACUCUGAAACUUCAACCAAAAAUCUUGGAUCUUAACACACCCCUGCCAACUUCUGAUUGGCAUCGCCAGCAGGUGGGUGUGUCUUUAAGACCAAGCCUAUAUAAUCUAGAGGGCGUCCAAUAGAAUCGAUGUAAAAUCUUAAAUUGCAUAAGGUGAACUCUUGCAUCUCUAGAUGCAGACUUGACAUUUUUUAGAAUCCUAGCCCACACUCCCUCCUCCAAUACCAAGUUUAAAUCUUUCUCCCAUAAUCUCUUGAUAGAAGUUAAAGCUUCAUCCCCCAGACUCUGAAUUAACAGGGAGUAAUACACUGAUGCCUCACGAUCUUUAUUUUGUAUCUUAAUUUUCAUUGUUUCUUUUUGUUUUCUAAUAGAGAAACACAUAGAAACUGUUUUUCUGACGUUUGAAGUGAGGUGAUUAUUUUGGAGCCACUGAGAUAUCCCCUCUAAGUUGCCAUUUAAAAUCUCAGCUGCUUUUGCUGGAGUUUUAGUUGAUGUAUGAAAAACAUUGUUGUCAGCAUAAAGCUGACACUUAAUAUCUGAGCAGCAACUUUGCAAAUAAUUUAUAAAUAAACUAAAAAGGAAUGGACCUAAAAUUGAACCUUGGGGUAUUCCUAGUUCCUAGUGCACAGUUACCACACAUGGCUCUCUUUUUUGUAGGUAAGAGGCAAACUACUCAGAUGUUUGAUUACUAAAAUUAAAAGAGGUUAAUUUAGACAAUAGAAUAUCAUGGUUAACAGUGUCGAAUGCUUUUUUUCAGGUCAAUAAAAACUGCUCCCACAACAUGCCCCUGAUCUAAAGAAUGUCUUAUAUUUUCUAAAAAAAUAACAGUUUCCGUAGAGUGCUGGGGCCUAAAAUCAAACUGCUGUGGGUGAAGGAAAUUAUUAUACUCUAAGUGAUGUAUUAAUUGUUCUAAGACCUUAGACAUGACAGGUAAAAUCGAAAUUGGACGAUAAUUUGAGACCAAAUUGGAAUCACCAGAUUUAAAAAUUGGAGUAAUAAUAGCUUUUUUUCUGGGAAUUUGCUUUCCCUAAUUGAUAAGUUUAUUAAGUGAGACAAUGGAGCUGUCAAUAAGGAGCUAUAUUUCUUAAUAAAAUUACUAUCCAAGUAUGCUUAUUAUGAUCUUCUUUGAAGUACUCUUGUGCGCUGGACAUCUUGGGUCGUGUUUUUACCGCUUCAAUUUGUCUCCGUCAUUUUCAUAAUAAAACACAUUUUCACUGAGCUGUAAAGUGACAUCACUAACGGAGCUUGUUGCAUAAAUCCAACUAAUUGAUAAUGAAAUUCGUUGUCGAUGAUCUUCAUUAUCGAUAAUGAUCUAUUAGUUGUUGCAGCCCUAAUUCAAUUUGACCUCAUCGUAUUAUUUGUUGUAAUGUGUGAGAAUUUUGUAUAUUAAAUAUGUAUGGAGCUUGAGAAGGACAUGAUGCAAACCUCUUGUCAAAAUCCUUUGAACAUGGCCAAGUCAUUUAAUUCUCAGGCACUCAUUUUGGGGGCUCACACUCAGAGGGGGCACUAAAAAUUUGUUUGUUCUGUAUAACCACAUACAGUAUAAUACCUCAAUUGCAUUGAGAGACUUUUUCAAAGGAGUGUAAUUUGGUCAAAUACUAGUACUUGUUUACAAACUGAUGGCCAAAUGCCACUUUCUUAUGAUCCAAUGGAUUCCUGUAAAGUAUUGCUUUGUAGAAAACUGAAGGUAAGCUUUUAUUCUGCUUAUCAUCACCUCAUUAAUUGUCCUAUUGAUUAUCAGAACAUGAAGGAUCCAAGAAAUUGUAAAACUUGUAUUGUAAAACAACACACCAAUGCAAAUCCAGGUCAUGAAGAUCUAAACUGACUGUUACCACUGCCAGCAUAAAGAUCAAAUUCAGACACUGAGAAAACAAAAUACACAAAUCAGAUUGAUUAUGAAUGGUGAUUUUUAACAAAUGAUUAUUAUAUAUGGGACCCAAAUUCCAUCAAUGGCACUUCAAAAGUGUUAUGCUUCUUUGCACUAUGGAUAAUAGGUGUAUUUAAUGAAGAGUUAUUUUGAACAUGUAUUAUUUGUCUUAAGUAGUUAUUUAUGACUGAAGCAUAUUGACUUUAUAAUGGUUUAUGUUUUUAUAGGGAACACUCAACCACUCCAAGUAGUUUGGUGUUACCCAAAGAUUUUACUGUACUUGUAACUUAUUUCUAUAUCAUUUUUUUUUUUUUUUUUUGGUGUGUUGUCCAUUUUAGCUGUAUAUAAUGUGAAUAUUAUUUUACAACUGCUCAGUAAGAAUUAUGCUAUAAUGUUUGUAUGUUUUGCAGGCAUAGACUAAAUAAAUCUGUUUCGAAAGGACAGCUUUUUCAAAAUGUAUUUCUUUAGUCAUUUUAAAACAUGUCUAUAUGCUUAUUUAAAGGGUUAGUUCACCUAAAACUGAAAAUUCUCUCAUUUACUCACCCUCAUGACUUUCUUUCUUAUGCUGAACACAAAUUAAGAUUUUUGGAAGAAAAUCUCAGCUCUGUAGGUCCAUACAAUGCAAGUGAAUGGUGGCCAGAACGCCAUAAAGCAGAUAAAGUCAGCAUAAAAGUAAUCCAUACCACUCCAUUGGUUAAAUCAAUGUCUUCUGAAGCGAUCCAGUUGGUUUUGGGUGAGAACAGACUUCCUAUAGCACCAUAUAGCGCUCUCUGCAUGCAUCAAGCACUAGUAAGUGUAAUUGAGCUUGAAAUCAUGAUCAACAAGGAAACAGCCGUCAAGAUGUACAGUAAAAAAAGAGUUACAUUUUGGUCUGUUCUCACCCAAAACCAAAUGGAUUGCUU